GCCCGCCCCUUUCCCCAGCCAAUCGACGGUGGGCGUGGCCGGCGUGGCGUCACGUGCCUUUGUUUGGCGCUUUUGUGCGGCGGGCAGGGCGGUUGGAGCGGAGUGUGUGUGUAGCCGCCGCCGAGGUGACAGGAGCAGUGUUGCCGGAAUAACUGUAGCAUAUUCUUCUGAGAUCUGUCUUAGCCAUGGCUUCUUCUACUGACAUUCAGGUGAAAGAAUUAGAAAAACGUGCCUCUGGGCAGGCAUUUGAAUUGAUACUUGGCCCACCUUCAAAAGAAGCUGUUCCAGAGUUUCCCCUUUCCCCUCCAAAGAAAAAAGAUCUCUCACUGGAAGAAAUUCAAAGGAAGCUAGAAGCAGCUGAAGAAAGGCGUAAGUCCCAUGAAGCUGAGGUGUUGAAGCAGCUAGCUGAAAAACGAGAGCAUGAGAAAGAAGUGCUGCAGAAAGCAAUUGAAGAGAAUAACAACUUCAGCAAAAUGGCGGAGGAAAAGUUGACCCAUAAAAUGGAAGCCAUUAAAGAGAACAGAGAAGCACAAAUUGCUGCUAAACUGGAGCGCUUGAGAGAGAAAGACAAGCAUAUUGAGGAAGUACGGAAGAACAAAGAAGGAGGCAAAGAAUCUGGCGAUAAUGAAAGCGACUGACUUCAUCCUGAAAACUGACUUUCUCCCCUUUGUCUAAAUAUCCAAAGACUGUAUUGGCCAGUGUUUUUUGUUAAGUUUCUAGAAAACUGAUGUAGAGCUGUAUAGUUAGAUCCAACUGUACACUUGCUUUGGGGAAUUAGAGGGGAGCCCUUUCAUGUUCACUCUUUUUCUAAAAUGUUAGUCUUUCCGGUGUAGCUAUCUUGUUGCAUUUCUUCUAUUCCAGUGCAUUUGUUCCUGGAUUGAUGGCUAGUGCUGUAUAUUCGGCUCUGACAUGCUUGUGAACGGAAUAUGUAGUGUAAUGUUCAUGCUGAAUCUGUUACACUUCAGAAUCUGUCAGUCUUAAAACAUUACUGUAUCCAAGUAAUGUAAUAAAGCUGCACAGUGCUGUUAUCACAGGUGACUGUUUCUGAGACUAGCAUGGCUAAAUAUGCAACUCAAGUGUAGCUGUGACUAGUGUAUUUUGAUGCAAUAUUAGAAUGAAAAAUGCCUGCAAACAAUAUUCUUGUAGCUGUUGGCUAGUGAUAUUCUUCAGUGGCCAUUGUUGCCUGUUGUCCCAAUGUUACAAUAAGAGCUUUGUCUUGCACCUCAGCAGUUGUCAGCUGCUGUUUUGUUCAAACAAUUCAGAACCACCUCCCUCCUAGAGGCUUGCAUUUCCAACAAAUGAGUUUCUUGUUCAUAUGUGACCUGAUUUGACUUCAAAAGCAGUUGCUUGUUCAUUUUUGAAGUUGCAUUUAAAACAGGGCAUCGCCAAAACCAAGCCACUGCUUUUGGAAAUUUUGCCUGAUUAGUAAAUACGCCUUGGAGUGAAGAAUAGGCCUUUUGGGGCUCCAGGGUUUUUAGCUGUCACUGUUGGUACUUAGUGUCUCUAAAGCAAUACUACAUUUUAAAUUUAGAGCAGCUGUGGUGCAUUAAAGGUAUAUACCAGCUUCUUGCAAAAAAGAAAAAGACAAGCACUGAGAAUUUGAACAUCUAAAAUAUUUUGCGAAGGCAUUUAGUUAUGCAGUUACUACAGCUUGAUACUGAAACUAAACAUGUUACAUUUAAGAGAAGGUUAGAAUUUCAGCUUGAAUUGAAUAUAUAUCCUAGGAAGCCAGUUCUGCUUUGGGGCUGCACGUGGGGAGUGAUGAUAAACGCUGGAGGGAUUUAUAGCACCCACUAAGUGCUGUUUUUGUAUGAAAGGUUUAGGAUGGGUUUGCCAGUUAAACAGCUCCCUCGUGUGGCACAAAUGUUAACUACAGCCUCAAAUGGUUACUACCAGCAUUACCAGUUCAAAGCAAAACUUGUAGUACCCAGAUUUCAGCAUAUAAAUUUGUGUGGCAGACGGUUACUCCAGUCCCAAUAUUAAACAUUAAUCUUGAGUUUUUAAUGGAAUAGAUGGUUCUUCCUCAACUGCAGUACCAAGAACUGUUAACUGUUUGUAGGAAUCUAUCUUGAUGAUGUGGGCUGCUAUACUUGAGAUUUCCCCCCAUCUCUUGGAAUGUUACUUAAAAAGGCGUAUGACUGGUGGCAGGUUCUUCAUGCUGUAUUUUAAUGGUAUAAAUGUGAAACUGCUUCCUGUGCAUGUGUUUCCAGACUUGUUUUAUCUACUUGCUCAUCUCAUCAACUUAUAAAAUUUAUAACUACUCAUCUGUGUAACUUAGUAGUUUUAGCCAGCCAUCAAUAAAUAGACUUAACUAAU